CCCAAGCUUUAAUAUUUGUUCACAGUUAAAAGCCUGAAUUACCAACUUAUAAGUAUAUAUACAUUUUGGUCACAUCAAUUUAGUCCAAAAAUGUUAGUAAGAAGGCAAUAUAUAUAUAUGAAACACUCCAAUCUGCCUGAGUUUGUUUUUUUUCUCAGUAGCAUGCCAUAGCUGUGGAAUGUAUCCAAUUAAUGUUUAAUUAGGAGAAAUCUUACAACUGCUGCAGGAUGACUUUUAUGGGGCAGUUAAUCAAAGUAUCUUUGUUUGCUUUGCAUUAAUAUAUAUUUUAAUAGAGUAUUAAUCUUUCUGGAGAUUACUACAUACAAUAGAUAAUAUAAAAUUCUUGCUUUGUGUGAUGUACUGUGCACAGAUUAAUUAAUUAACAUACUCCAUUUUGACUUAGAAUUAUAAGAAUACAGGAAAGCAGAGUAAUGAAAAUUACACUAUUAUUUUCCAAGUACCUGUAGCUAUGAAAUUUAAUGACAGGACAAAAGAGUCUAUUCUCUUCAUCCAUCAGGUUGGUUGAAAUGGGAGAUUUCGAUGUGGCUGCAUGAAUGCUUAAAGUUAUAUCAUGAGGCACCUUCUCAGGGGUUAGUGCAGCACAUACAGUUACAUGUAGCUAGAUGCAGAUUCCUUUUCACAGGCAGAAAGCAGAAUGGCUAUGGCCUGUUUACACACCACCAUUUGCAGUUUCCAAUGGGGUUUACUUGAAAAAAAAAAAAAAAAAAAAAAGUGCCUACACAGGUGGUACUUUCACAGGAAUCCUUGAUCUUGAACUUUCAAUUUCAAAAGGAGUCUUAAGUUAUUUGAGGUACCCUAAGCCCAGUAGACAGCAAAAAUAGGCUAUGGCCACUAAAAAUAAAGUUGAUAAUACCACAUUGUUUUUGUUUGUUCUUGUUAGUUAUGGCCAUGAUCAUGCAAAUAUUUGUCCACCUGCCUAAUUUUAAACGCUGUAGUUUAUCCAGUAAAUCCAGUUUAUCUGGAGAGUCGGUGACGCUAAAACCAGGCCGAAACACACGGGCAGGCAGGGCCGAAGGUUAAGCUCUCCUGGGGUGCCCUCACGGGAGGAAACCGUUCACCGAUGGGAGCAGAUCUCGGCCAUAGCGACCGUCGGCACCUCGGGCGCCACGCAACGCCGGUGCCCCGGCCGCUCGCCCGAUACAAACCCUCCCUCCCCUCCGCCACCCCCGUUCUCCCGGAGAGCGCAGCCGAGCCGGGGACCGGCCUCAGCUCCCGCGGGGCCCCGGCAGCCACAGCUGGCACUGCGGCGGGCGCGCCCCUCAGGGCCCACCGCCACGCCGCCGCCUUCCUUCCAGGCGUUGGCCGUGAGCGGGAAGGAGGGGGCGCGGGGGACAGGCCAGGACCCGCGGCCAGCCGCCGGCGACUCUCGGGGCCGGGCCGGGGGGGGCGGCGGGGGCGGGCGCCGCCGCAGGAGGGCGGGCGACGCCGCAGUGAGGGCGAGGCGGCGGCGGGCCGCGUUGCCAUGGCAACGCUGCCCCAGCCGAGCGUUUAAGCGGGCGUCCCACGGCCGGGCCCCGACGGGAGGCGAAGGGGUUAAAGCGGGGCGGGCGUGUGUGGGCCCGGCGCCGUGGGGUCGGGUGUGGGGAUGAGCCGCGGCGGGGGCAGAGGGCCGUGCUCCGGGCGCGCUGGGAGGCAGCGGAGGUGAAGCUUCUUGCUCCCUCGCCGGGCGCAAUGGAGGUUGUCGACGCCGCAGAGGACGUGUUUUAUGAGGAGGAGGAAGAGGAGGCGGCGAGCUGCUACGACUUCGAGCCUCUGCCGACGCUACUGGAGGACGAGGAGAAUGUGUCCCUUGCUGAUAUUUUGUCACUGCGGGAUAGCUGUCUUACUGAGCAAGAUAUUUGGGCAAUUUGCCUCGAGUGUUGCCAUUCUCUGAAGAGUGUUGCCCAUUCUACAAUCUUCCAGACACUCUGCAUCACUCCUGACACUUUGGCUUUUAACACCAAUGGCAAUGUAUGCUUCAUGGAACAGCUCAGUGAUGAUCCAGAGGGUGCCUUUGUUCCACCAGAAUUUGAUAUCACCGGUAACACUUUUGAGGCACACAUCUAUUCUUUAGGUGCAACAUUAAAAGCAGCAAUAGAAUAUGUGGUAGAACCUGAGACAGAAUCAGAAUUUGGUCAAGAUCUGCAUACUCUACUGGAACAAAUGCAAGAAGAGAAUCCUGAUAAUAGGCCAGAUAUCGAGAGCAUUUUGUCAUUAUGUGAAGAAAAACUGAAGAUUGCUUCAUCAAGUAAUAUUUGUCGAAGCCUGUCUGCUGUUGGAAGAAGAGUUCUUUCAAUUGAAUCAUUUGGUGCUUCUCAAGAUGUCUGUGAUAACAUGUGGAAGGGAAGAAUGUGUCAGAGAAGUUUGGGAUCGAAAUUAUAUUCAAAUGAGAAAAACAACAUAGCAGGUGAUACAUCUGCAGUGGAAGAUGUGACAACUACCUGUCACAAGGACUCUUCUGUAGUUACUGUGGUGACUGACAGAGAAAGUGGUUUAAAGGAAAUGCAAAUUGAUCUGGAUAAUGAGAAAACUCAACAUUCUCAACUUGCAACUCAAGCUAAGAAGAGCAAAGAAGAGGACGAACGUGGAGUGUAUACUGACAGUUUUGCUAGUGUUGCUUUGGAUAUAAAAUCAUGUGUUAUUGACCUGGAGAGAGAUGGCAUUUUUAAGAAAGGUUCUUUGAGAAAAAUUAAAACCUUUCCAAAGCUACCACUUGAACCUGCAGAUACAAGUAACUUUUUCACUUCCGUAACCAACAGUGGACAACUAGUUAGGAAAACUCACUUGCUAUCACAAGAGUCACUACCUCUAGACAAUAAUAAUGAGGUUGCUUUUUCAAAGGGAAAUCUUAAUUCAUUUGCUAUUAGCAGUCCACCAAAAAUAGAACCAAAGAAUAACCAGGUUAAUGAUCUUCAUUUAGAAGCUCCAUGUGUAUACACACAGGUGUCUGGCAUGAAUCUAGAGGAACAUAUGUCACUUAUUAAUGGUAAAAAUAUAGGUUUUGCUUCAUCUGAUCACAAAGAAGACUGUUCUGAUGCUACCUCUGAAACGCCAAAUACAGCUGGUAUGCUAAAAGGCCCAAAUCAAUCAAUUGUUGGAGCAAAAAUGCUAGACAAUUACAUGGCGUUGGAAGACUCUUCUGAAACUUUUCAAGGGUCAAAUGAAAAUUCUUUACCACAUUUUAACAAGAUGGCUUCAGUGUUAACAACAAAACCCAGUGGGAACAGAUAUGGAUCAAACAUAAUUAGGUCUCCAGAAUUAAGCAACGGUGCGAUGAGUGCAAACAAUAAUGAAGAUAAUCUUUGUGGAGGCAGAGGGUCAGAAAUCAAAAGUAAUGAGCAGUGGAUCUCUCUAAAAAUACUGUUGUCCUGGUAUGGUAAACCUCUGAAAGACUAUGAACUCUGGGCAUUAUGUCAUGAGUGUUUAUGUACUCUGCAGACUUGCAUAGAUUAUCCAGAGGUCUUAUGUUUGGACUCUGUGAUGAUUGACUGCCAUGGAAGUAUCCUCUUUGCUGCUCCAAAAGCUGAGGAGUCUUGUGAUAUAUUUUAUUUAGCUCCUGAAAUUGAAGAAGAGAAUGUGGAUACUGAGAAGGUCUGCAUUUAUGGUGUUGCUGCAGUUCUGUGGAUGGCUGCAAAAUACAGUAUUCCACAGAGUCACAAACUAACAUUGCCAAGAAAAUUAAAAAAUCUUCUUCUGGAUAUGGCAAGAAAAAACCCUGACGAAAGACCUUCUCUAGCUGAUGCAAUUAAGACAUGCAAUCAUUAUUUACUUGAACAAGGUAUAAAUAGCAAAAAUAUUUUGGCAUUGUUGAAUAAAUCUGUCUUUAAGGCUGUUGAGGAAGAAGUAAUUUCAUCUCAAGAUCAUGUUGCUUUUGAAUUUAAAAAUGAAAGACAUGAAAUGGACCCUUCAGAGUCAAGUCUAGGAUUUGUGCCUAUUACCAGUGCAAGUAAACUUGUAGCAGUUAAAGGACCAAUACCAUGCCAGACUUCUCUAAAUUGUGAGAAAGCUACAUUACCUGAUGCAUUCACAUCUCCUGCAACUCAUUUUAAGCCUAUUAUUCUGCAACAAAAUGCAAAUAUAACAAAAGAGAUUCACACACCAGUUUCUGAGCAAUUCAAGAAAGAGACAAGAAAAGAAUAUGUGGACCACAACAAAUCAAGAUAUACAGAAGACUCUAAAAUCUAUGGUACUGAGGACACAGAUGUUGUUGAAACUGCAUCUGGAAUACCUGAAUGUGAUUUACAAAUUUCAGGCUACUCAUCCCAGAUACCUUCAGAAGGGCAAGAGUCAGGCAAUGCACUUACUUCUAUAGUUACAAUAUCAUCACCAUCUGAUUCCUCACAUAUUCUACAGGGAAAGAGCGUUUUAUCUGAAGUUCCUUCCAGCUCCUUAGCUUGUCCUACAUCUCCUAAUUUUCUUCAUAUAAAUAACAUCAUUCUCAAACAGGACACAGAGAAAAGGGUUUUGACAUUUGUACCAGUACAUUUAGCUGUAUCAGAGCAAAUACCAAAUAAACCUCUUCGUUCAAGAAUUGCUUAUGAUUGUUAUCAUAGUUUGCCAGUGCUACUUUCAAGUACUAUUGCAAGCUAUAAAAUGAGUACACAGACAGAAAACGAUGUCUCCCUUUGCAAAGUGCAAAACCAUGAGGCUACUAAUACACAGAACAAGUUUAAUAACAGUAGCCCAGUUAUUCAAACCAAUUGCCAAGAAAUUGAGUGUAUUACCAGUGUAGACAGUGUUUUCACUGAAAAAGAACACACACCAUGUACCUCAGUGAAUCAAGACUCUUCUCAUCUCUUUGAUGUUGAAGUCCUGCCCCAGCAGAAUAGAACAAGUGACACUUCACUACAGGAAGUGGUUCAUCUUAUACAAGAGGAGUUUGCAUUUGAUGGCUAUCUAGAGAAUGGAGUUGAAGUUUUUGAUAUGGGUAACUUCAUUUUAAACUUAAAGGAAACUAAGUUUGGUAUGUUCUCUGAUACAAUUUGUGAGAAGUUUUGUGACCUCUACUGGGAUAAAAAAUUACUGGAGAAUCUCUAUCAGGUAGUAAAUGGAGAAAGACCUUUACAUUUAUGCAUAACUGAAGCAGAUGAUCCAAAGAGUGGCAAUGUAUUCCAAGAUCUGAGGAAAUCUGAUAGCUUUUUGGCAAGCAGUGAUCAGACAGAGGGAGAAGGGGAAGCAACCUUUGAUGUGAAUGCUGAAGCUAUGAUAAAUACAUCAUCACCUAAAAUGGAUUUUGAUGCGUCACCUUCAGAUAAUAUUAAGAAAGAAUUGAAGCUGCAGAAUACUAUCCCAAUAGAGAAAGAGCAACAGUGUUUACAAAGCAGUGGCUGUUGUAUUGGUCCAGGCUUUGCAGAAGAAAAUACAGAGCGAGAGAAAGAGCCCAUGAUAAAGAUAGCUGGAAACGGCUACCUUGUGUCUCCCAAUGUACCUGACUUCCAUGGCUGUAGUCCUGGUUGGAGCAGUGCAUUUUAUGGAGCUGAAUGUUUUGAUUCAGAAGUUCGUAGUUACAUGAAAAACCUUGGAAAGCAGAAAUCAAGUGUGUCACAAAAUAUAGAUGCUAAAAAAGUGGAACUAGAACAAUCGCUAAUGAUGGAGACUAAAAAUUACAGAAAGACCGCAAAGUUUUACCAGAAAUUAUUGCAGAAAGAAAGAAGCAGCAAAGGUCCGGAAGCUAAAUCUAUGUUGCCCAAACUGAGAGGUCAGCUACAGGAGAUGAAAUCAAAAGUGCAGUUUCUUGAGCUGGUGAAAAAAUACAUACAGAUCAUGUAUGCAGAGCAGUGGGGUGUGGAAUCCUGUGUGCUGCCUACAGUCAUUCACAAUGAGAGAACUGGCACCGUGGAUGUGGCACCUACGGAUGAAUCAUCAUUGCUUCUUUACUAUAGCACAGAGAAACACCAAUGUAAUAAUCAAAAUGGAAUAAGAGUUCUGCAGGCCGGUACACCACUUGGUUUAAUGGCUUAUUUAUAUUCUAGAAAUGCAUUUUUAGAAGGUUAUGUACAGCAGUUCCUCUACACAUUUCGAUAUUUCUGCACACAAGAAGAAUUUUUGCAGUUUCUUCUUGAUAGAAUCAGUAGCACUUUAUCCAGUGCAAGCCUGGAUCCUUCCACAUCACUUACCAAAAUAUGUAACCGCAGUUUCUACAUCCUGCAGGCUUGGAUUGAAGACUGCUACAGUGUAGACUUUGCAACAAAUACUGGUCUUUUGUGCACCCUAAAAGAAUUUAUUUCUUCUAAGGUUGCUCCAUUAAAUGGCUAUGGUGAGCGCUUGUUGUCAUUGCUUGAGGAUGCUUCUGCCAGGAAAAGUGGCAGUGCUCAUCAGUGCUCCAGCAUGGACAAAUGUGAAGAGGAGGGCGAGGACAAAAAAACAUUGCUUUCUCUAUGUAAAAAGCUCUCAGAUGUUUCCAGAAAGAACUUUAACUGGAAACUUUCCAAAGGUAUGGGACCAAUUGCACAAUAUCAAAAAGAGCAACUAUACGCUAUUUCGUCAGUUUUGCCAAAGCCAUGCUAUAACAGUUUUACAGAAGAAUUUCCAGUCUCCUUUGCUAAAGCAGAUGAAGUGGGACCAUAUCUCUUAUUAGAAUACAGUGUGCAACAGCUCUGUUGUCAGCUGACAUUACUGCAACAGGAAGUAUUUCAUAAAUGUCAUCCAGUGCACUUUCUAAAUUCAAGAGCACUUGGUGUUAAAGACAAAUGUGUUGCUGUCCAAAAAGCUGUUUCUACUGAGAUAGUUUCACUUAAAGUGUGUAAUCUGUUUCUGUCGAAGUGCAUACAAGACCAGUACCUUCUACAAUUAUUAAGAAAUGCAGACAGUAUCAGCACCUGGGUUGCUGCUGAAAUUGUAACAUGUCAUACAUCUAAGCUGCAGGUGAGCUUGUUAUCAAAGUUUCUUCUUAUAGCAAAAUGCUGCUAUGAACAAAGAAAUUUUGCUACUGCAAUGCAAAUCCUAGCAGGCUUGGAAAAUCUUAUUGUACGACAGUUACCAGCCUGGAAAAUUUUACCUGCAAAAGUAGCUGAAAUAAUGGAGGAACUGAAGGCUGUUGAGGUGUUUUUAAAAAGUGACAGCUUGUGCUUGAUGGAAGGAGAAAGAUUCAAAACACUUCCAACAAUUCCAUCAGCCCGUGUUUUGGCUAUGCAUGUCCAACAGCUUGAAACUGGAGGAUUCACAAUGACAAAUGGAGCUCACAAGUGGACUAAACUUAAAAAUAUUGCAAAAGUUGUGAGCCAAGUUCAUGCAUUUCAAGAGAAUCCUUACACAUAUACACCAGAUUUCAAGCUGCAGUCUUACCUCAGGCAAAGAAUAACUUGUUUUAAAGAUGCAGACAUUUCUGCCUUGGCAGCUGACAACUGUGCCAACUUCCAUCAGAUACCAGCAGAAAGACAUUCUCGAAAAAUUCAGGACACACUGCGCAGAAUGAAGGCAACGUUUCAGUAAUUAUUUACAUUUUAUCUGUUUUAUUCCAAGUAGAGAUUGUAAAACUGGAUUAAGUUGACUUCAUCUCCUGGUCCAAAUCCCAAGAAAAUGUUCAAGUGAAGUGACUUAAAAUACUGGCUCAAGUUGAAAUGAUUAUAUUUCUUAACAUGGAAUUAUAAAAUACUGACUAAUGAGGAUUGAAUCCCUGGCAACUGGAUGACAGAUCAAAAGAAUAAAAAUAGAGAGUAUAGAUGAAAAGGAUGAUUAAUUUUAUCACUGUUCUUUAGCAUAUAAAAAUAAUUAGCCCACAAACAUCUAAAAAAUACUGUGGAAAUAAGUUAAAAUUACAGCUUCUGUUGCAGUUAGCCUAGGAGAGUUCAAAGCAUAGUUCAUUAAAUGUUGAAUAUAUUUUUAUAUAAACAUAGUACACUUGUGUCCUGUCACAGUGUGCACAUAAUUUAGGGACACAGAUCCUCUGCUAUGCUUUGACUGUUGGUGUGUCUUGUUUUUGCAUUGCGUAUUCUGAAAACUGUAAUUGACUUAAAUAAUUGGCCAACUUUUUUUUGUUUUGGUUUUCAUGUCAUUGGCCUAACCUGUUUCCAAAGGAAAGUAAGAUCUGAAUCUAAAUAUUACCAGUUUGUUGCUCUGUUUCUGUCCUCAUGGCUUUGUGAAAACAGUAAAUGUGAAAUUGUCUUUUUUUUUUCCUAUUUGCCAAUUUGUGUGUUCAUGUAUGUGUGCACAUUUGAUUAUGGCUUUUGCUCCCAAGGUUGCUUUUGUAGAUUGCAGUUCUCCAGCAGUAUUAAAUAGAAGAUAACUGUGUGAAAUUUGAAUCUGCAACUUGUAAAAGUUUGGUGCUAACCUAUUUAUAGAGCUUAUACUUACAAGACCUUCUAAAUGACAAUGAAAUGUGAUGCUAUUGCUAGAAAGUUUGUUGAGCUAGCCAAAUUUAUGCAAGGUCAAAAUAUUAAGGCUAUAAAUUAGUUAAAAAUACAAGUAUUUUGGGGAAGGGCCAGAAACAGCUAAAAUGACCUCUGUCCUGAAAGUGAUUUGCUAGAACUGUGUUUAAAAAAAAAUGAAAAAAAAAUGGUUUGAGGUAUGUGAAGAGCAGAUGCAAACUGUCUUAGCAUGUUUUAGUGACGGAGGAAGAUAAUGAUGUAAGAAAUGGGAAUGUGUACAUCUCUAGUAUUUUGCAAAUUGUACUAUUGUACUUGACUGAAAAGCAUAUGCACAUGUUAAAUUGCAGAUUUUUCAAUGUUUAAGAGGAAAGCUUCUCCUUUUCUCUUUUCAAUAAUGACAAUAUAUACAUUGCAGACCACCUGCUUCUCAUCUUCCUUGGUCAAACCUAAUGUAUGUCCAUACUUUCCAUUAGAAUCCUCAGUUACUUUUUCAUACUGAUAUAUUAAUACCAGACUAACUUUUGUGCUUGUUGGUUUAAAAACUGGAGAACUUGGUCCUCAAUAGGGUUUUCCUGCAUUUCUUCUACUUUUGAGAUGAUUUAUUUUGUUAUUUACUCUAUGUAGGUUUAACAUGUCAUUAAUUGUAGUACUCUGACUUACCCUUAAGGGUGAGUAAAGGCUGUUGUUGUUUCUCUAAAAAUUGCCAAAUAUGAAAACUUUUAAUCUUUACCUCCUAUCUUUAUAUAAUGCAGUGAUUUAAGAAUGUUAAUGAGAAUCUUAUUUUCAGACAUACUUUUCAUAUAUUUGAGCUAUAUGCAUUUAUUUUAAAUAAUUGGGGUUUUAUUAGUUAUUUGUUUUUUCUCAAUUAAAAAGUACUAUUCACUUAAAACCACACCUUGCCUUUGAAAGACAGUAAAAUUUAAAGUAGCAUAAGCUUUACUAAUGUAAAACUUGCUAAUCACAUGAUCUUAAUAAAUUAAUUUUAUGUAGUUGCCAGUCAGACUUUUGAAAUUUUUUUGUGGAUUUAGUUAUUUCUAUUUUGCACUCAUGAUAAUUAGCUCAUAUGUUUCUUACAGUUUUGUCAGGACCUAAAGCAACUACUACAUCUAGAAAAUAUUAUGUUUAUGACAAUAAGUGGUGCUAUACAAGAAUUGAAAAAUCAUCUCAUGUCUUCAGUAUAAUGCUUCAGUCUAUCAGAACUUACAUUUCUAUAAAUGCAUAGUACUGAGUUAUGGUAUGACUUGGGAGUGUUUUCAUCAUUCAGAUGUGUAAGAUUUUGUAUUUAGACACCACCCUACAACAACAACAAAUGUAAAUAGUUACUGGGGAAAAAAAAAUUUAAAAAAUCACUCUUUUACAGGGGAACUGGUUUGCUUUUGUCCAUGAACACUGACGUAUGCACAUCGUAUGUGACACAGUUUUCACAAUAAAGUUAUGUAUAGCA